AUGACCCGCUUCGUAUGCCUCAACGUCCCUCAAUGUCUGGCAUGUGUCAAAGUCUUGCAAUCGCACAGGCAAGGCAAGAUUAUUUUCUCGAGUCAAGGAACGAUUCACUUCCAAGGCUUUUGUAUCACCCAUCUCCGUCAACCCAUCGCCAUGGAACCCCAUAGAAAGCCGAUUGCCACAGGCCAUUCGCCCUCUCCAGGAGCGGACAUGACGGAAAUGAUUGCGAAAAUACGAACAGAGCUAUGCGAGCAGUGGUUGCCUCGACGAGUGGAGAAAUGGGGUCCAUUGAGGGCUGAGGAGAACGCGCCACCAUCUUGGACAGCCUCAAUCACGGCCAAGAUCGGGACUACAGUUCAUUACAUCACCUGCCCCGGACAUGUCGGAUCAGAGGCGUGCGGAGGGUUCUGGAGCCGAAGAAGCCGGUCUGCUGCAUCCAAAGGCCUUCAUUGCGUAUAUGGAGGAUGGGUUUUCUUCAACGGUAACACAAUAACCGAUGUGCAGCCAAUUCCAAGUUGUGGCGCUGCCGAGGUGGUAAAGAGGAAGUUGCCGGACCUGAGACGACUGUGGGCGGAACACGUGCUGUCCACAACCGCUAUUCAACCAGAGGUUGGACACGUCGACUCGACCGGAAUACUUGACCCAAACAUGCUGGAUCAGGUCCGCGAGAUGGUGAACAAGGCAACAGCGCAUAGAGAUGGAGAGGGAGUGACGGACGGGCGAGACCCCGACAUGGCGAGGGCAAAGCACCUGGGAAAGGGUUCCGGCGGAUGGACGGGCGUAACUGAGAAUGGCACUGUGCUCAAACGUGACUCUGGGGCCCGAAAGAUUGGAAACUACAAUGACCGAUACGACUCCGAGCCUGGUGGGGUGUGGCGAAGAGGUGAUUUGGAAGUUUGGUUUGGUUGGAGUGGCUGGUCUUGCUUUGUGUCCAGGGACAGUAGAUGGAGACCUGCCUACCAUUUGGAACUCCUGCUUGCUAAUAUGUCCACAGCGAUCGACUACGGUACUACGAGAGCAGCAUACCGCGAUUGGCAAGCGAGUUGGAUGCAGGCUGCCGAAUGGCUGUGGCUCAACGUGCCUCUCGACGUCACCCAACGAUGUGUAGAGGUUAUGAAUGGUGACGCUGCGGAAUUGAUCAAGACGGAAUUGCAGCGUGUCCGAAACUUGAAGCCGAAAAAGUAUGUCCCGGAUCAAGCGGACACCCCCGCACGAAUGGAUCGAUUGCUUCGAGACAGGGCGGGUGGAUUCAUCGCUUACCAUACAGUUGGGGACGAGCUGCAUAUGGCGCGAGGCAUCGUGGCGGCUUGGGCUAUGUGCGCACUCAAUGACAUCCUUGAUUACGAAAGAGACAUCUUGUGUGGAGAGACCAACAACCUUGUGAGAAGUCUCACAAGUGAUCAACAGGUGGUGGAUGCUGCGGCGUGCAUCCUCGACGUCCUGCAAUGGGCUAUGGAUAGCUCUGACUACGAUCUGGCCGACAGCAUUGUUGGCACAAACGCAUUCUACCUGGUGUUCUGGAGAUAUAACGUUCCAAGGCUGGCCAGGUACGAUGCGAUCAACAUUCAGCACGCGGAGCCAAACACGCCGCCUGAGUUGGAACAGAUUUCGAAGAUAGUUCGGCCGGGUAUGGUUAGAUCAAGCAAUGAGCUCAGUUCCUAUGGAAUGUUAUACAGCAAGGUCAAAGCGAAGGUUCGACAGUUGUAUUGGGGCUGCAGCUGUUCCAGCACCCAAUGCGAAGGUCAUGACGCAUGGAGGCUCCUUGCAAGGCUUAUGGAUGAUGGGGCAGAUGACGACAUUGAGGAAGCCUUACUUCUUGCCUUGGUUGCUUUGAACAAUGGGGCAAAUGACGGUGAUUUGGGAUGCGAGUGCGGGAUGGAUUUGUUGUUGUACGAAGGUUUCGUUCGAUUCUUUGAUCCGGAGACCGGGAUCGUCGCAAGGAUGCAUUACAGGACUGGCAUCCUCGAUCUUGGCAACACAGUCACAGAGUAA